ACGUCGUGUGGCAAUGGAUAUCAUCAGCCAGUCCAUAGACAAUAACAACGAGAAGAAGAUCUUCCACAUCGUUACAAGAUGUCGGAGUACGCGACGGUCCAGAAAGGCGCUUUGAAUUUGAAAGGACUGGGCUCCCUUUCAGCGGGGAAAAAGAAAAAGAAGAAGGACAAGGAGAGAAAGGAGCGUUUGGAGCAGGCCAUUGCUAACCAGAAUGAAGAGGAAGAAGCCAAGAAGGGAUAUGUUGACAAGCGAACACCAGCCCAAAUGGCCUUUGAUAAGAUGGGUGAAAAAAGGCAAAUGGAACGGAUUUUGAACAAAGCAUCCAAAACUCACAAACGCAGAGUUGAGGAUUUUAACAGACACCUGGACAAACUGACAGAACAUUACGACAUCCCAAAGGUCAGCUGGACCAAGUGAGAAGCAGCGCUGGACUUUUCCUUUUUCCGAUGUCUCCAAUUUACUUUUUACUUUUUUAUGGUUUUGCAUUUGGAGACUUGGUGAAAAGCUAUCAUAAUAUGAGUAAUACAUUGUACAUUUAUAGAACUUAGCGUUAAAGUGUUCUUGCUAUUUGACAAUUUGAGCGAAUAUGGGUACACUGACAAAUUGUCUUUCAGUUUGAGAUUUGGUUUGUUAUUUACAAUUGAAUACAUUGGAUAUAGUUAGCCAAUAUACCUUAUAUCCCCAUUUUGAUGCCAUGUAUGUAAUAAAACUUUAAUUUUAAUGUU